GAAGAACAAGUUCAUGAAGAAGAUUCCUCGUGAUGCCGAAGCUUCCAACGUCUUGAUCGGUGAGGUGGAUUUUUUGGACAAACCCUUCGUCUCCUUCGUGCGUUUGGCUCAGGCCACGACUCUGGGGGGCCUCACCGAGGUCCCUGUGCCGACCAGGUUCCUCUUCAUCUUGCUGGGCCCACAUGGCAAAGCCAAGUCCUACAAUGAGAUCGGCCGAGCUAUCGCUACGCUCAUGGUGGACGACCUGUUCAGUGACGUCGCCUACAAAGCCAGGGACCGCGAAGACCUGAUUGCGGGAGUGGACGAGUUUCUGGACGAGGUGAUCGUCCUUCCUCCAGGGGAAUGGGACCCCAAAAUACGCAUCGAACCUCCCAAGAAGGUUCCAUCGGCAGAAAUGAGGAAGUCGGUGCUGAACCUGAACGAGCUGGGUCAGAUGAACGGCUCGGCCGGCGGCGCCGCUGGAGGAGAAGACGAGGAGUUUCCGGCUCCACAUGAGCUCGGAGAGGAGCUGAAAUUCACUGGGAGGUUCGGAGGUGGAUUGUGGCUCGACAUCAAACGGAAGAUCCCGUGGUUCUGCAGCGACAUCUACGAUGGCUUCCAUAUCCAGUCCAUCUCUGCCGUGCUCUUCAUCUACCUGGGCUGCAUCACCAACGCCAUCACCUUCGGAGGACUGUUGGGGGACGCCACCGACAACUACCAGGGAGUGAUGGAGAGUUUCCUCGGCACUGCUCUAGCAGGGACCGUCUUCUGUGUUUUCGGGGGACAGCCUCUCAUCAUCCUCAGUUCAACUGGACCCAUUCUCAUCUUUGAGAAACUGCUUUAUGAAUUCACCAAGAGCAACGAGAUCGACUACAUGGAGCUGCGUCUGUGGAUCGGCCUUCACUCGUGUCUCCAGUGUUUCGUGCUGGUGCUCUCGGACGCCAGCUACAUCAUCAAGUACAUGACCCGUUUCACAGAGGAGGGCUUCUCCAGCCUCAUCUCCUUCAUAUUCAUCUCUGACGCCAUUAAGAAGAUGGUAGGAGCCUGGAAGUAUUACCCAAUCAACCGCGGCUUCAAGCCUGAUUACGUCACCUCCUACAGGUGUGACUGCAUCGCACCAGACCAGGCUCCAGCCUCAGACGACAACAUGACUCUGCUGUUUAACUUGACCGGCCUGGACUGGAGUCAGCUGAGUAAGAAAGAGUGCAUGAAGUUCGGCGGUAUGCUGGUGGGCAACUCCUGUAAGUAUGUUCCUGACCUGGCCCUCAUGUCCUUCAUCCUCUUCUUCGGCACCUACUCCAUGACCGUUUCUCUCAAGAAGUUCAAGUUCAGCCGCUACUUCCCGACAAAGCUCCGUUCCCUGAUCAGUGAUUUCUCCAUCAUCAUCUCCAUCCUGGUCUUCUGUGGGUUGGAUCACCUGAUGGAGCUGGACACCCCCAAACUGCACGUGCCCACUGAGAUCAAGCUGAGGAAGCUAAUCAGUGAUUUUGCCAUCUUCAUGUCAAUCAUGUCCUUUGUGGGUCUGGAUAUGUUGAUGGGGUUAGAAACACCCAAACUAAUCGUUCCAACUGAGUUCAAGCCCACGCGUCCUGACCGUGGCUGGUUGGUGAUGCCGUUCGGUAAGAACCCCUGGUGGUGGUACGUGGCCAGCUCCGUCCCAGCUCUGCUGGUCACCAUCCUCAUCUUCAUGGACCAGCAGAUCAGCGCCGUCAUCGUCAACCGCAAAGAAAACAAGCUGAAGAAAGGCUGUGGCUACCACUUGGACCUGUUCUGGGUGGGUGUGCUGAUGGCCGCCUGCUCCUUCAUGGGUCUGCCCUGGUACGUAGCAGCUACCGUCAUCUCCAUCGCUCACAUCGACUCUCUGAGGAUGGAGAGCGAGUCCAGCGCCCCCGGAGAGCAGCCACAGUUCCUCGGAGUCAGGGAGCAGAGGUUGACGGGCAUUCUGGUGUUUGUUCUGACUGGACUCUCAAUUUUCCUCGCUCCAGUUCUUCAGUACAUCCCCAUGCCAGUCCUGUAUGGAGUGUUCCUUUACAUGGGCGUGGCCUCCCUGAGUGGCAUCCAGUUCUGGGAGCGUAUCAAGCUGUACCUCAUGCCGCCCAAACACCAGCCAGACUUCUCCUUCCUGCGUCACGUCCCUCUGAGACGCGUCCAUCUCUUCACCCUCGUCCAGAUCAUCUGUCUGGCCGUCCUCUGGGUCCUGAAGUCCACCUUCCUGGCCAUCAUCUUCCCAGUGAUGAUUCUGGGUCUGUUGGUCGUGAGGAAGCUGCUGGAUCUGAUGUUCUCACAACACGACUUGGCCUGGCUGGACGACAUCCUGCCGGACAAAGACCAGAAGAAGAAGGAGGAUGACAAGAUGAAGAAGAAGGACAAGAAGAAGGCGGCAGAGCCAGAGAGCGAUGAGGAGUGUUGCUGAAAAGGCACAACACUUACUCCAGUCUUUCUGUCCAUCCAUCCUCCUCUUACACGCGUCUGUCUAGCUCUCCCACUGUUGUUCACAUGAUUGUGACUGAAGGAUAAGGCCGGUGCUUAGAUAUAUCCAAUGAAAAGACGAACAAAUCAACGAUGUUUAAGGUCACACCAGAAAGUGAAAUGAAUCCUUGUGUCCUCUCGAAGUCCUGAAGUUUAAAUCUGUGAGAAAAGAAAGAAAGAUGGAUCACAAACAUGUUGUGGUUAAACAGAAUUUAAAGCUAUGAAACUGAAAGUGUGGCGUCUCUUCCUGUACUACGCUGAAUCUAAGCUUCACAUCUCCUCACAUGUUAUUUAGACUUAAAGUUAUUGUCAUUAUUUUUUGGACACAAAGCAUCUGCAAAUCUUCUGAUAUUGAAUUCUCAAGCAACUCCUCUUUUUAAUAUAUUUGUA